GCUGCGCGCCCCGCCGAGCCGGCGCCGAGAUGGCGGCGCUGACGAGUGCAGAGCGGCCGCGCCGGGGUCCGCGGGGGACGAAGCUGAUCCUCCGCGGCUGAGCCCCCGAGCCGCCCUCGAGGCAGGCGCCCAGUCGCCGGGGCCCGGGACAUGGUGCGAUCCGCGCCGCGCAGCCGCCGCCGCUGCCGCUGAACUCGGGAGCCGCGCCGGGCUCGGACGUGGGAGCGGGAAGAUGUUUUCCGCGCUCAAGAAGCUGGUGGGGUCGGAGCAGGCUCCGGGCCGCGACAAGAACAUCCCGGCUGGGCUGCAGUCCAUGAACCAGGCGCUGCAGAGGCGCUUCGCCAAGGGGGUGCAGUACAACAUGAAGAUCGUGAUCCGAGGGGACAGGAACACGGGCAAGACAGCCCUGUGGCACCGGCUGCAGGGCAAGAAGUUCGUGGAGGAGUACAUCCCCACGCAGGAGAUCCAGGUCACCAGCAUCCACUGGAGCUACAAAACCACUGACGAUAUCGUGAAAGUUGAAGUCUGGGAUGUGGUUGACAAAGGAAAAUGCAAGAAGCGAGGCGAUGCCUUGAAGAUGGAGAAUGAACCCCAGGAGGCGGAGUCCGAGAUGGCCCUGGAUGCCGAGUUCCUGGACGUGUACAAGAACUGCAACGGGGUGGUCAUGAUGUUCGACAUCACCAAGCAGUGGACCUUCAACUACAUUCUCCGGGAGCUUCCCAAAGUGCCGACGCACGUGCCUGUGUGCGUGCUGGGGAACUACCGCGACAUGGGCGAGCACCGCGUCAUCCUGCCCGACGACGCGCGAGACUUCAUCGACAACCUGGACAGGCCCCCAGGGUCUUCUUACUUCCGCUACGCCGAGUCCUCCAUGAAGAACAGCUUCGGGCUCAAGUACCUGCACAGGUUCUUCAACAUCCCAUUCCUGCAGCUCCAGAGAGAGACGCUGCUGCGGCAGCUGGAGACGAACCAGCUGGACAUCGAUGCCACGCUGGAGGAGUUGUCCGUGCAGCAGGAGACCGAGGACCAGAACUACGACAUCUUCCUCGAGAUGAUGGAGGCCCGCAGCCGUGGCCACGCGUCCCCGCUGGCCACCAACGGGCAGAGUCCAUCCUCGGGCUCCCCAUCUCCUGUGGUGCCUCUGAGUGCAGUGUCCACGGGGAGCUCCAGCCCCAGCACACCCCAGCCGGCUCCGCAGCCGCCCCUCCAGGCCCCCUCGGCUUGCCCGGGGCCCCCCUGCCCCUCGGAGGCGCCGCCAGCCCCCGCGCACCCCCUGGUCCCCGCGGCACCCCCGCGGCGCAGCAUCAUCUCGCGGCUGUUCGGGACCUCGCCGGCGGCCGAGGUGGCCCCUUCACCCCCAGAGCCGGCCCCAGCUUCAGAGGCCCCGGCAAGAGUCCAGAACGUGGAGGACUUUGUUCCUGACGACAGUCUUGACCGCAGCUUCCUGGAGGACGUAGCCCCCCCAAAGGAUGAAAAGAAAGUUGGAGCCAAGGUCCCGCAGGACAGUGACAGUGAUGGGGAGGCCCCAGGAGGGAACCCAAUGGUGGCGGGUUUCCAGGACGACGUGGACCUUGAAGAUAAGCCGCCUAGUAGGCCCCUGCCCCCCACGGGCCCCAUCCCCAGGGAGCACAUCACUCUGUCGAGCGAGGAGGAAGAGGUGGCGGCAGGGCGCCACGAGGCCACCGUCCUGGCCCCCCAGAAGUGCUCUGAACCAGGGACCAAACGUUCCUCCACGAAGGCCUCGAGGCCACACCAGGACGCAGCUCCCAAGGCCACAGAGCCCCACUGGCCAGGUGGCACUGAGGGCUCCUCUCCGGGGCUGGAGGACGGGGGGGACAAGCAGGUGUCAUCGGAGAGUGACCCCGAGGGGCCUAUUGCCGCCCAGAUGCUCUCCUUCGUCAUGGACGACCCUGACUUUGAGAGUGACUCAGAUGCUCAACGGAGAGCGGGUGAGUUCCCGGUGCGAGAGGACCUCUCGGACGUGACGGAUGAGGAAGCCGGCCCUGUCCAGCCACCCCCGCCCCCCAAACCCCCUGCCCCCUCCUUCAGACUGAAGAACGACUCGGAUCUCUUCGGGUUGGGGCUGGAGAACACAGGCCGCAAGGAGAGCAGCGAGGAAGAUAAGGAGGGCAGGCCUCCCUCGAAGGAGAAGAAGAAAAAGAAGAAGAAGACCAGAGAGGAGGAAGAGAAGGCCGCGAAGAAGAAGAGCCGGCGGAAGAAGAGCAGGGACCAAGCGGAGGACAAGGGUCGGGAGGAGCGGCGGCGGCGGCGGGGCACAGAGAGGCCUGCGGUCGACGAGCUGGAGGCCUUCCUGGGGGGCGGGGCCCCGGGCGGCCACCUCCGCGGGGGCGGCGAUUACGAGGAGCUCUAGGCCUGGCGCGCAGACUGCAGGGCGCUCCGCGUGUGCUGGGGGCGCUGGGCCUGCCCUGCGGGGAGGGGCAGCCGGCCCCCAGCGCUUCUCAGGGAUGGGACUGAGGCCGAGGAAGCCCGUGAGGCUGUUUGCAGGGUUGGGGCAAUGUUCCCGUCGCCCGCCCGGCCCCUGCUUGCCCUCGGCCCGCCGCACGCACUCACCCAGGCCCGCUGCAUGCAGCGGCCUCCGCUUCAGCUGUGCCGGCUCUGCAGACCUCUGGUCCCCAGACCCUUGGGGCACCUGUGCGCAGAGGGCAGGCGGCGCUGGCGCGUCUCUGGGGGCAGCUCUUUCCAGGCACGGCGACCAGCUUUGCACCCGCACCUGAGCUCGGGCGUGCGCGGGCCAAGCGGGGAGGCCCACAACACUCGUGUUCUUUUGUUGUCCUUGCACACCGCUCGGACCAUAAAGCUCUCCUGUUUUACUGCG